GACCAAGGAAUAUUAGAACAUGCUUUUUUCCAAGAGUCAGCGUAAUGCGGGCAAUAUACUGAAAUCCCGCACCCUGAACCCGACCAGUACAAGAUUUUCCAAUUGGCUCCGUAUAGUUCGACAGAGCAGUGAUACUAGAUUCUAAAAGCAACCGGGGCUGCCGGGACUAUCCGGGUCUUCUAGGCGUCGAUAUUUGACCGCUGUUAGGUUACAUUUGCCGUGAAAGCGAGAGGAGACAGAGCUUGAACGUUGGUAGAGUAGGAUCGCAUGGGACCAGUAGGCCGGCACAGGGGAAGAGGGAGAGGCAGGGGGAGGGGGGAAGAAGGGGGAACGGGGGAUGGGGGGAAGGAAGAGGAGGAGGAUGAGGAAGAGGGUGCGGGUUUAGGAUUGAGUGUGGCUGGUCCUGACGCUUAUUCGGCCUUGCUGGCGUCGCUGGGCAAGAGUACACGUGGCGCGCUCUCACAGGUCUACUCGCAGAGGGAGAGAGAUGCACUGGGGAUAGAGAGUGAGGAGGAGGAGGAGGGGGAGGAAGAUGAUGAUGGGGAGGAGGAGGAUAUGAGUGAAGACGAAGAGGGAGAGGAGGAGCAGAGAGGGGAGAAGGAAGGAGGGUCGGAUUCUGGAUCAAAAAGCGAAGAGGAGGAUGAGGGCGAGGGGGCACGUGCUGAUGCUGCUGCUGAAGCAACAGGAGAGGGCAGCAGUGGUGAUGAGGAGGAGGAGGAGGAGGGGGAGGAGGGGGAGGAGGGGGAGGAGGAGGGGGGAGUGAAUGAGGAGGAAGCACAAGUGGGAGAUGGCCAGACAGAAAGUGCAAUCAAGCAAGACCCCUUCUCGCUCCGCAUGUCCCACAUGCUCACCCCACAAGAGCUCCUCUCGCUGGGCGGUUCAGCCAGCGUCACUGCUGGUAGCACGGGCACUGGCAUGGGCACUGCUACUGCUACAGAUGCACGUGCUGGAGGCAAGAAAGUAAAGGGCGUGGAGAAAUCAGCCAUCAGGAGCAACGGCAGUGGCAGCGCUGGUGGUCCGGCCGGUGCAGGAAGUGCAGGAGGCGGCAAGCCGCUCAAAUUCUCCUAUGAGUGGCCGGCAAGGGGCGUUCCGGGCGGCAAGUGGGUGGCUGACCAUGCACUGCCUUGGACUGCAGCUGCGAAUAAAGAUAAGGAGGCGGAUAAGGUUAAGGAUAAGGAUAGGGAUAAGGAUAGGGAGGAGGAGGUGGAGGUGGAGGUGGAUGCAUGGGACGGCUUUAAGUGGCGGUUGAAGGAGCAGUGGGAGAGGGUGUGUGAGGAGGACUAUGAGCCGCUGCUCCGAUUGAGGAAGGAAGAAGGUGGCAGCAGCGGUAGUAGUGGUGUGAAAGCCGGCACCAGCAGCAGUAGCACCAACAGCAACAUUGGUGGUAGCAGUGAAGGGGAUGGAAAGCGGAAGAGGGGGAAGACGAAUGCUUCAGCAAAGGCUGUCUCUGCUUCGGGGGAAGCCUUCGCGCCAUGGGAGCAGACUGAUGGGUUUGUGAGCGACCAUCAGCAGCAGUUCUUCUCCCUCUGCACGUCAUACUCCGACGUGCUUCACUCUCGCCGGCCGUGCGCCCAGUCCAAGUUCGGCACGCCGCUGGACGCACAGGCCAUCACAGAUGCCUACCUGCUGCACGCGAUAAACCAUGUGUUUCACACCCGUGACCGCAUCACCAAGAACAACGACAAACUCAACCGAGCAUCCGCUGCUGCCAUGGCUGCUGCUGAUGCGGCUGCUGCGGCUGAUGCUGCAAGGCGGGGUGGCGAAGGGAAGAGGCGGAGUAAAGGCAGCAGCGACCAGGCACAGGGUAAAAGGGCUGGCACGGAAAUAGCUGCAGCCAGCUCUGGGAAAGGAGUCCAGGGUGAGGGGGAAGGGGGGGGAGAGAAGGAGGGGGAGGAGAGGGAGGGGGGGGAGGGCAGGGGGAGGGGGGAGGAUGGGGAGGAAGGGGGAACAGAGAAGGGGGAGGCAGAGAUGGGGGAGGCAGAGGUGGGGGAGGCUGGAACGGAAAGUCAGCUGUUCAAGAAAGGAGGGAAGGGUGGUGGGAGGAGAGGGAAGAAGGGGGCGGGUGGGGUGGAGGGGAAGGAGCUGAUCGAGGUAGAGAGCAUACCAAGGGACCAGGGCUUCACGCGGCCCAAGGUGCUCAUUCUCCUGCCCUACCGCAACGCUGCCCUCACUGUGGUGCAGCGGCUGCUGCGAGUGACUCCGCCCCAGUCUAAGGUUGCAGUGGAGCAUUUAGACCGCUUUCUCGCUGAGUUUGGAGAGGAGGAGAGCGAGGAGGAGGAGAGUGAGGAGGAGGACGAGGGGGAGAGGGAGAAGGCGAGGCAGAGGAAGAAGAGGAGGCAGCAGCAGCAGGUGGGCAGGGGGCUCUCGUGGGACGCGGGGGAGGAGGAGGAGGAGGAGGGCGGAGGGGGAGAGAAUGGGGGGAGGGGAGGGGGUGGGGGUGGAGAAGAGGGGGAUGGGGAUGCAUCAGCAGCCGCGGCGGCGGCGGCGGUGUUGCAGAAGGGGUUGAAGCCGGUGGACCACCGGGCGAUGUUUGGUGGCAACAACGACGACCACUUCCGCCUCGGCAUCAAGUUCACCAAGAAGUCCGUAAAGCUCUACACCGAUUUCUACCAGUCUGACAUCAUCGUUGCUUCACCCAUCGGCCUCGUCACCAAGCUGGGAGAGGCGCUGGAGGACAGCGAAAAGGACAUGGACUUCCUCUCGUCCAUUGAGAUUGUCAUCGUGGACCAAGCUGACGUCAUCCUGAUGCAGAACUGGGCGCACAUGGAGUCGGUGUUCUCGCAGCUCAACAAGCUGCCGGUGAAGCAGCAUGGGACGGACUUCAUGCGCGUGCGAGAAUGGUACCUCAACGGCUGGGCGGCUCACUACAGGCAGUCCAUAAUUCUCUCCGCAUUCACCCACCCCUCAAUCAAUGCGCUGUUCCACCGAGCCUGCUCCAACUUCUCAGGCAAGGUGAAGCUGCGGUCGGAGUACUCUGGGGUCUUGGCUCUCGUGGUGCCGCAGAUUCAACAAGUGUUUGACCGCGUUGACUGCACGGCCAUCACAGCGGCAGCAGAGGCGCGCUUCCAGUUCUUCGUCUCAACCAUCUUCCCGCGCCUCCGGGACUCCGUUCAGGGCGGCGUGCUGGUCUACGUGCAAUCCUACUUUGAAUUCGUACGGCUCAGAAACUUCUUCAAGCAGGAGAAUCUCUCCUUCUGCCUCCUCUCCGAAUACACGGACGAGCGCAACGUGCACCGGGCCCGAGCGUGGUUCUUCCAGAACCGGCGGCGCAUCAUGCUCUACUCGGAACGGUCCCAUUUCUACCACCGCUACAGGAUCCGGGGCAUUCGGGAGGUCAUUUUCUACUCUCUGCCCUGUUACGCACACUUCUAUGCUGAGAUCCUCAACCUGUUAGAAGGGGUGGACAAUGCUUCUUGCUCGGCCAUCUUCACUCGCUUCGAUAACCUCGAGCUGGCCAGGAUUGUGGGAUCCUCAAGAAGCACUAGGAUGCUGCAAUCUCCCAACCACACAUUUAUGUUCUGCUGAUGGCCCAAUUAUGCAGUCAGGAUGUAUCCCUCCCGGCCCGAGCGUCUGUCUGAUUGCGGUUGGGUGAGGUGCUUUUUGAGACAGAAGGGUCAAAUAUCAAUCUGAAGUGGUUGGGCAGGGUAUUAUUGAGCAAAAAAGUACGCUUGGGGGACACGCCCCCACGCCAUAGUUUGCUGCUAUACCCCUAGGACAUGUGGUAUGCGUGUGCUGCUGAUGGCCCAACCCAACCACGUCCACGUUCAGCUCAGAUCUCUCUAGUGAACUUCACACAUGCCAAAAUUAUACGGU